UAUAUCGAGAGCAAAAGCGAGAUAGAGAGAAAGUGAGAGAGAGAGAGAGAGAGAAAGAAAGAGAGAGAAAGAAAGAAACAAGAAAAUUUUCCUUGGACCCUCGAAUAUCGGCACCGCGUGUAUUCUACGUGUAUUCUGUGCCACAUAAAGUUCGAGCGAGGGUGAAAAUUUAUAGACACACGAACGGGUGCGGCUUUGAGAAGGCUAUCGGAGAUCGAUAGAAACGCGUAUCGUCAUGAUGCCGAUGUCACAUUGGAAGGGCGGCGAACGAUUUUCCAGAUGUACUUUCGAUCUACUUUUUCGAAUAAAUAGAUAUAUAGAUAAACGAAAGAGAAAGAUAGAGGAGUAUUGAAACUCAACGGAGUGUGUUUCAAAACUAUCCUUGAAAAAAAAAAAAAAAAAAAACAAAAAAAAAAGAAAGAAAAAAAAAAGAAAACAAAAAAAGAAAAAAACAGAAGAAAAAAAAGUAAAGUUAAAAGCAGACCUUGCAUUUUAUCGGCUAAAACGAAUCUCGCCGUGUUGAAGGUAGCACCGCCAUUUUAUCGAUGCCGACGAAUGUCAGAUGCUCGUCGCUCCAAGUUCAUGGCACGUUAAAGAUACAUACGUGUACUUUACGCGAGAAAAAGAAAAAACAAGAAGAGGUGGAGGAGUAGAACGAGAAGGAGGAGGAGGAAGAGGAGGAGGAAGAGGAGGAGGAAGAGGAGAUUACGACGUAUAAAGAAGCAGCAAUGUCGACGGGUCUGCAACAUUUUUUGAUUGUCCGCCAUCGACAAAGCUUCUCGCGUUUGAGUUUUAUCUCCUUUUUCUUCUUCUUUUUCUAUAUUUCUUUAUUGUCAACGUCAUUGUCAUAGUGCUUCCAAUCCCUACGAAAGAAGAUGGACGUUCCUUCGUUCAUUGUAAUUUGCACGCUUCUUGGAAUUAUCUCGCGAAUCGCGUUCGCCAUCGAAUAUAAUAAUCUGGCAGAUGUCCCGUGCGGUCGUGGAGAAAGCGGAACUCGGACGGCCAGGAUCGUUGGAGGACAAAACGCGGUACCGCGAGAGUUUCCUUGGUUGGUCAGUAUCACGAGAAAAGGUGGCCAUUUUUGCGGCGGUACUAUACUCAAUUCAAGAUUCAUUCUCACUGCCGCUCACUGUUUAUGCUCGGGUACAUCGACAAUUCCGAUACGUCAAUUACGAGUGACCCUUGGCGAGUAUGACUUGAAAGGCCCGGAAACGCCGGCGGCGAGAGAGGAAAGUGUCAUUAACGCGGUGAUGCAUCCCGGUCACAGGUGUGGCCGAUACGUCGACGACAUUGCCCUGUUAGAAUUGUCGAGGCCGAUUACCUGGUCGGAAAGCGUGAAACCCGUCUGUUUGCCAGCGGCAUCGGGAAAGCCAGGGUACAGAGCUUUUGGUGGUGAGAACGCAGUGGCCGCUGGUUGGGGUUGGCUUGGUGAAGACAGAUCUAGAUACAAAAGAGCGGAUGUGAUGCAGAAAGUAAGCGUUCGAGUGGUAGAGAACAGCAUUUGCCGAGAAUGGUACGCCAGUCAAGGAAAGUCCACGCGCGUAGAAUCGCAACAAAUGUGUGCUGGUCAUCAGGAGGGUGGUCGAGAUACUUGUUGGGCUGACAGUGGUGGUCCUCUUAUGGUCGGAAAUCAUCCUGAUAGUAAUACGAUGGUCAUAGGUGUAGUUUCCUCUGGAGUUGGUUGUGCCAGACCACGUCUUCCUGGUAUUUACACAAGAGUCUCUGAAUACGUACCCUGGAUCAUGCAACAAAUCACAUUAAAACGACAAUCCUGAACAUAUGAGAAAUCAUCGACGUUAUUCUUGAUCUUUAUCAUUUUCUUUAUCAUGCAUUGAAACCGUUUGGAUAAUUGACUAAUCUACUCGAUACUUUUAUUCAUCAUUAUUUAAAUUAUUGAGUUCGAUAGACAAAAUUUGACACGUGUAUUUGUUCCUAAUAAUUCAUAAGAUCUGAAUGAAUAAUUUCAUUACCUGUAAUUCCUCGUUUAA